CGCGCUGCUGUAAUCCACCUGACAGGAAAGUCCAGUGUGGCGGUGACUGAGUCGGCAAGGCGGCUGAGGGGGACGUCAACAAGCGUGGACCUCUUCCAGGAAGUGACGGAGGGGCGUACGGACGACAACAAGUCUGCCGGUUUUUUCGGCUUCGGUCCGUCCGAGUUGGGCGAGUUGAGCACCGGGGGCGGACCAGCCUCGCCAUGCACCUGCUGUAGCGGCCACAUUUCCGGGUUGGACUUUGUUCGUCGUCGAGGAGGCAAAAGAUGUCCGUCAACGAGCUGUACACGACGUACACGCGGGUGUGGAUCCCGGACGAGGAUCACAUAUGGAAGGCUGCGGAGAUCACCAGAGAUUACAAGCAAGGAGAGUCGGUGCUCUACCUCAAACUGGAGGAUGGCCCGCUUUUGGAGUAUCCUGUGGGUCCGAAGAGCAAUCCUCUUCCAUUCCUGCGUAACCCUGACAUUCUAGUUGGCGAGAACGACUUGACCGCUCUCAGCUACCUUCACGAACCCGCCGUCCUGCACAACCUGCGAGUGCGUUUCCUGGAGUCCAACCACAUCUACACAUACUGCGGCAUUGUCCUGGUGGCCAUCAACCCUUAUGAGGAUCUGCAGAUCUAUGGGGAGGAGGUCAUCAAUGCCUACAGCGGACAGAACAUGGGCGACAUGGACCCGCACAUUUUUGCUGUGGCCGAAGAAGCGUACAAGCAGAUGGCGAGAGACGAGAGGAACCAAUCCAUCAUCGUGAGUGGAGAAUCUGGAGCAGGGAAGACGGUUUCUGCAAAGUACGCCAUGCGCUUCUUUGCCACAGUCGGCGGCUCAAGCAAUGACAGCAACGUGGAGGAGAAAGUCCUCGCCUCCAGUCCCAUCAUGGAGGCUAUCGGGAACGCCAAGACCACGCGGAACGACAACAGCAGUCGCUUCGGGAAGUACAUUGAGAUCGGAUUCAGUCAAAACUACCACAUCAUUGGCGCUAACAUGCGCACAUAUCUGCUGGAGAAGUCACGGGUUGUCUUCCAGGCUGAAGAAGAGCGUAAUUAUCACAUCUUCUACCAGCUGUGUGCCUCCGCCUCGUUGUCCGAGCUGCAAGAUCUCAACCUAACCAGCGCACAAGACUUCACCUACACGUCAAUGGGAGAGAAUAUCUUCAUAGAGGGUGUGAGCGACGCAGAUGACCUCACCAAGACCAGACAGGCCUUCAAACUGCUGGGCAUCAAAGACGCUACUCAGAACGCCAUCUUCAGGGUCCUGGCAUCCAUCCUGCAUUUGGGAAACAUCGAGAUCUACUCCGAGAGGGACGGCGAGUCCUGCCAUGUCUCGAGCAGUGAUGUCCAUCUGAAGCAUUUCUGCCGGCUGCUGGGCCUGGAGCCUCCGCAGAUGGAGCACUGGCUCUGUCACAGGAAGUUGGUCACAACGUCCGAGACGUACAUUAAGAAUAUGUCGAGCAAGCAAGCGAGCAAUGCUCGCAACGCCCUCGCCAAGCACAUUUACGCCCGCAUGUUUGACUGGAUCGUGGCGCACAUUAACGUGGCGCUGCACACGACCUCCAAACAGCACUCCUUCAUCGGUGUCCUGGACAUCUACGGAUUCGAAACCUUCGAGGUGAACAGCUUUGAGCAGUUCUGCAUCAACUAUGCCAACGAGAAACUGCAGCAGCAGUUCAACUCGCAUGUGUUCAAGUUGGAGCAAGAGGAGUAUAUGAAGGAGCAGAUCCCCUGGACCCUGAUCGACUUCUACGACAACCAGCCAUGUAUCGACUUGAUCGAGGCACGGCUUGGGGUGCUAGACCUGCUGGAUGAGGAGUGCAAAGUGCCCAAAGGAACAGAUCAGAACUGGGCCCAGAAGCUCUACAAGCGGCACGGCAGCAGCGCGCACUUCCAGAAACCUCGAAUGUCCAACACCUCUUUUAUCAUCAACCACUUUGCUGACGAUGUGGCGUACGAGUGCGACGGCUUCCUGGAGAAGAACCGAGACACCGUUUACGAUGAGCAGAUCAACAUCCUGAAGGCUAGUCAGGUUGAGCUGGUCGCCGACCUUUUCAGCGACAAAGAUGGCGGCUCCUCCCUCAAGACGUCCAAAGUGAACGUGCGUGCUGCCAAGUCGGCCCCCAAAGCCUCCAACAAGGAGAACAGGAAGACUGUUGGCUUGCAAUUCCGUAGCUCUCUGCAUCUUCUCAUGGAGACGCUGAACGCCACCACGCCUCACUACGUGCGCUGCAUCAAACCCAACGACUUCAAGGAGGCCUUCUCGUUCGACUCGCGGCGAGCCGUACAGCAGCUGCGAGCGUGCGGCGUCCUUGAGACCAUCCGCAUCAGCGCUGCCGGAUACCCAUCCAGGUGGACAUACAGUGACUUCUUCAGCAGGUAUCGUGUCUUGAUGCACAAGUCGGACAUGUUGUGUGCAGACAAGAAGUUGGUGUGUAAGAAGCUUCUGGAGACGCUGAUCAAGGAUAAAGACAUGUUCCAGUUUGGAAAGACCAAGAUCUUCUUCCGGGCCGGCCAGGUGGCCUACUUGGAGAAGCUGCGGGCCGACAAGUUCCGCGCCGCCUGCAUUAUGAUCCAGAAAACGGUACGCGGAUGGCUGCACCGUGUCCGAUACCAGAAGAUCCGCAAGUCUGCCAUCCUGUUGCAGAGAUACGGGCGAGGCUACUUGGCGCGCAGGUACGCCGAAUAUUUGCGCCUUACACGCGCCGCCAUGGUCUGUCAGAAGAAUUACCGCAUGGUCAGGGAGCGCCGCGCCUAUCUCACGGUGCGCAAUGCUACCGUGGUCAUCCAGGCCUUCACCCGAGGAAUGUUCACCCGCAAGAUCUACAACCAGUUGAUGCUGCACUACAAGGCCACGAUCAUCCAGAGAAACGUGCGCGGCUGGUUGCAGAGGACCAAGUAUCGACGGAUGCGCCACGCCGCCAUCGUGCUCCAGUGCGCCGUCAGGCGCGCUCGUGCACAACGCCUCUACAAGAAGCUCAAGAAAGAAGCAGGCUCGGGCGAGCGUCUGAAGAAGCUUGACGCGGGCAUGGAGAAUAAGAUUGUGCAGCUGCAGAGGAAGAUUGAUGACAAGGGUAAAGAGUACCGUGCUCAGAACGAACAGUUGCUGCAGACCAACACCAACCUGGGCUCAGAGUUGAGCCGCCUCCAGAAGCAGCUGCAGCAGAUCAACAGCAGUCAGGGCGACACCACUCAGCUGAGCGCGCUGCAAGCAGAGCUGGAGAGGCUACGGGCGGAGCUUGCCGAGGCACAGGAACAGAAGAGCAAGAUAGUGGAGGAUCACCGCGUCGAGAAACUGGAUCUGACCGAGAGGCUGGCUGAGCUCGUGGAGGAAAACUCACUGCUGAAGAGCGAAAAAGAAGAACUGAACCUAAAGAUUCGACAACAGUCAAGCCGAGCUGCAGAGGAUGUAGGAAGUGCGUUGUUGCGGGCCGAGAUGGAUGCGGAGAGGCGUCGAUACCAGAAUCUCCUCAAAGAAUAUUCCAGAAUGGAGCAGAGAUACGAAAACUUGAAGGAAGAAGUUUCUUUGACCAAGUUCCAGCCGGGUCAUCGCAGGAACUUGUCCAACCAGAGCAGCCAAGGGUCUGACUCCAACUACACGUCCAUCUCUACAUCGGAGGUGGGCGACAGCGAGGACGCCAUCCAGCUGGUGGACGACAUGGGUGUAGACAAGGCGGCAAUGGACAUCAGUGUGUUCAUCAAGCUGCAGAAGCGAGUUCGAGAGCUGGAACAUGAGAGGAAGCAACUGCAAGCCAAUGUGGACAAGAUGGAAGAGCUCGCCAGACAGCAGGGAUCAGUGGUCAAGAGCUCCAGUGUUGAGCAGCAAGCGGCCGAUUUGGCAUACAACAACCUCAAGCGACAAGAGCUGGAGUCAGAGAACAAGAAGCUGAAAAAUGAUCUGAACGAGUUGCACCACAGUGUCGCCGAUCGAGAAUCGUCCGACGAGCUUCAGAGCAGCUACAACCUGCUGCUGAGUCAGUUCCGAGCCGCCAACGAGGAACUAGACGCACGCAAGGAGGAAGUUCUCAUUCUUAGGACCCAGAUCGUCAAUGCCGUGGAGCAGCAGGAGAAAAAACAACAGCUGGAGGGUGACAACUUGGCGGAGGAUAGCAGCUUGCCAGCGGACAAAGACGAGGCGCUCAGAGCCUAUCAGGGCCUGCGCGAGUCCAAAAAUGCUCCUAGCAACCUGCUCACUUCCUCUUUCUCUGACUGCGUUUCCUGUUCCCAGCCCAAAUGGCGUUCUCUGAAUGAAGAUGGAGAACUGCUUCUUGCUUACCAGGGUCUCAAAGAAGUGGCCAGGCUGCUGGAGGCACAGCUACAGUCGCAGAAUCGCCAGCAUGGCGACGAGCUGGAGGCACUGCACACGCAGAUCGAGCUGCUAAAGGACGACAUCGAGAAGAAGCAGGAGAAGCUGAACUACACCACCUCGUUGUCGCCAGAGGCCUUGCUGGAGUACAGCGUGCAGCUGGAGAUCACCCGACUCACGGACGACAACCUGGACCUGAAGGAGCUCGUAGAGAAGCUGGAGAAAAACGAGCGUAAGCUGAAGAAGCAGCUAAGGAUCUACAUGAAGAAAGUCCAGGAGCUGGAAGUUUCUCGCAGCAGUCGCGCUAAAGCGGACUUGGGCCGCCAGGUUACGCUGCAGCGCAAAGAGAAGGACUUCGAGGGCAUGUUGGAGUACUGCAAGGAGGACGAGGCCCUGCUCAUCAAGAUGCUGAUCACAGACAUGAGACCGGAUGACGUGUCAGGAACGGUCCCGUGCCUGCCGGCAUACGUCCUCUUCAUGUGCGUCCGCCACGCCGACUACAUCAACGACGACAACAAAGUGGAGGCUCUGCUCACCGCCAGCAUCAACGCCAUUAAGCGCGUUCUCAAGAGGAACGACGACUUCGACACCACCUCCUUCUGGCUCGCCAACACCAGCCGCCUCCUGCACUGCCUCAAGCAGUACAGCGGCGACGAGGCGUUUAUGGUCCACAACACGGCCAAACAGAAUGAACAUUGUCUGAAGAACUUUGACCUGGCCGAGUACCGCCAGGUGCUGAGCGACCUGUCCAUCCAAAUCUACCAACAGCUAAUCCGCGUGGCCGAGUCCGUCAUCCAGCCAAUGAUCGUUUCCGCCAUGUUGGAGAGCGAGAGCAUCCCCAGCCUGGCGGGAGUUAAGCCCAUGGGCUACCGAAACCGCUCAUCUAGUAUGGACACUGAUGGCGACGGACCCAGCAGCUACACACUUCAAGCGCUGAUCCGGCAGCUGGGCCAGUUCCACACUAUCAUGCGCGACCACGGGCUGGACCCCGAAAUUGCGGGCCAGGUGGUCCGUCAGCUCUUCCACUGCAUCAAUGCCGUCACGCUAAACAACCUGCUGCUCCGCAAGGACGUGUGCUCCUGGAGCACGGGCAUGCAGCUCAGAUACAACACCAGCCAAAUGGAGGAGUGGCUCCGAGCCAACAACCUGUACCAGAGCCAAGCCGCCGCCACGCUGCAACCCAUCAUCCAGGCGGCCCAACUGCUGCAGGUCAAGAAAAAGACGUCGCAGGACGCCGACGCCAUCUGCUCGCUCUGCACCAGUCUCAACUCCCAGCAGAUCGUGAAGAUCCUCAACCUGUACACACCCCUCAACGAGUUUGAGGAGCGCGUAACCGUGUCCUUCAUUAGGAACAUCCAGAGCUGCCUUCAGGAGCGCAAUGACCCGCCGCAGCUUCUGCUGGACACCAAGCAGACAUUCCCGGUUCUCCUACCAUACGCGCCUUCCGCCCUCAGCCUAGAGACGCUGCACAUUCCCAACUCACUUGGUCUCGACUUCCUCAUCCGGGUCUGACCUCUUGAGCUUUUUAGCGACACUCCAGAAAAAGGGCUUGAUUGAUUUUGGUCACAUGUCUUUACAAAUAAAAUAUUUAUACAGAAA